AAUUCAYAACAACACGAUGUUUUUGCGAUGAGAAGAUAAAUAUCGGCUCAAUACCAUGAAAUAAGCUUCAUAAUGGACGAAAGAGAGAGACUCUAUAGUUUUUAUGUGACGUAGAUGUCCUAAUCUUCGUAAGAUGUCUUCAUUGUGGGUCAAACUUGAAUCCAUUUGCCUUGAUUCUGGUAAAUAUGAUACUACGAAACUUGUCUUCAAAUCCUGGCAAAAUAAAUCGAUUAAUGAUAUCAAGUAUGUUAUUCAAGAUACUUUAAGUGUGCCUGUCUGUGACCAGAAAUUAUUUUACCGUGGGAAUGCUUUGAGUGAUGAUACGUUGAGCCUAAGUUGCUUGUACCUUCGAGAUGGCGACUCAAUCAAAGUUGAAUAUUCUGCUACUGCAGAUAUUGAUGGUAUGAAACCACUCAUUGCUAAUCUAAAGGAAUUUUCAAGACAAGUUAUUCACAGAGACCCAAAUCUCUUCGAAAUCUCGAGGUCUACAGAUUUUUCAGGCUUUCCAAACUAUGACCUUGUAGUCAUGUCGAUGGAAAAUUUAGCGUUUGAAUAUUUUAUACCAUGGAAGACUGCUAUAACUGUUGCUCAGAGACACUACUUCGUUCAAGAAGGGUCUUUUGAUGACUUCAUGGAGGUGUUUAAAUUCUCUAUGCUACGAUACAGACUGGUGGACAGUGAUGACGGCAAAAGUGAUAUUUCAGACCUGGAGAUUCAAGUUGAAUAUUACAACAAUGAACAGAUGGUUUUGCAGAUGCACUGUUUGAGUUUACUGUGGAACUUCUCUGAGACAAGCGAAACUAGACAAAUAGUUUUACAACAUGGUGGUUUACAACUAGUGUGUGAUGCACUGCUCCUUAACCCUAAUGAUUGUGAUGAAAAUAAUGAUACUUUCUGGGCGAUUCUGAGUAUCAAUGAAACAGCUGUUGGUAGCCUUGUUCAGUAUGCUGAAUUUCAAGACACACAACAGACUCUUGCCAACAACAGAGCAAUAGUAAACAAGCUUAUGUACAUGGUAGAAUGCCGCUUGAAGCGAGAGACAAGUUAUUAUCCUCUGUAUUCAAGCCAGAUUUCUGCCAACACUCUGUUCUGCUGUGCAUGUAAUAUCAAAUCCCCAGUGGCAUUUGUAGAUAAUGGAGUUCACAUUAAAAUGAUUGAACUAACGACAAAGCUUUUGAACCAAGAUCAUAAUAUGGCUUUGAGGUAUUACUGCUGUCUCUUUCUGGCAAGGAUUCUUGUUUGUCCCCUGGUGAAAUUGGAGCCUGAAGUUACUGAACAAAUAGAUGGAUUGCUCUCUUCAUUCAUGAAUGAGCACAGCCCUAAAGAUGUUUCUAGCUGGGAGGAAAAACACAACUAUGUUUGGGUCACUCUAGUUCCAUUUGUGAGCGUUGCUUUUGCUGGAGGUGUAAAAUGUGAUGCACAAGAGACUCAAAAUGUUAAAGAUGAGACAAGAUAUAAAUAUGGUAGAUGGCCCGGGACUACAGAAACACAGAAAAUGGGAGUAUUUUGUAUCAAACACAUGUUAUAUUUGAAAGAAAACUGCCAACUACUCAUAAGCCAAAACUUGCUCCCUUAUUUAAUAUGUCUCAAAUGGCAAUUAAAAGGACCUUUGAAGACUGAUCUUGAGGAAGCCAUGCAAAAGUUACCAGAUGGUAAAUGCCCUCCAAGCCUUUCUGUUAUUGCAAGAAGUCAGCUUGCUUAUGUAAUGGGCUUUGAGGUUGCUCUACGCAUGUAGAAGAUACAUUUAUUAACUAGAAUAUAUAAUGUAUUUGUAACUUGGCAAGUAAGGUUGGAAAAUUUUAAGAAAUCUAUUUUGCUUUUUGUUUUUCUUUCAUGGGGUUUAAUGGGAUGAAUUAUCCAGAGAUGUCAUGACUUUACGUGAUAUGGAAGGGUGAAUUCUAAAAUAUUGCAUGUAAACUAUUUCUAUGGCAAAAACAGGGUUAUGUUACCUUUACUUGUAUUUUAUCUGGUAGGGAAAAUAAUGAAUUUAAAACUGAUAACAACAAAGACUUUAAAA